CACUGUCCGCUGGGCUAUAAAAGUCAACGGUAGUGAGGGCAGAGAAAAUAUUCCUUUCUUCCUUUCUCUGGUGAGAUCACUGGCCGUCCUCUCCAUCUCAAGGCAGUCCUUUCAGAAGAGCAGGACUACUUCUUGUGUUCACAGAAGUCACCAUGGCCAGGUCCUGCAGCCUGAAGAGCCUCCUCACAGUCUUUGUCUUCACCAUCUUCGCUGUUGGCUCUGUGGAGAGUAUCCAGUGUAUAGCACAUCAAUGUACAAAUGAAACAUGUCCUGAGAAUCCAGAUGUUUGUACAGCCACUAAAGGCUGCUUCAACCACAUCCAGAAAUUUGAUACACCGUCUACAGAUACAGACCAAAUGUUUAAGCAUAAAGGGUGUUUUGAAGAAAACGACGCAUGCAAAGAACUGGAAUUCUCGGCCACGCUGGGGGCUCAACGGAGAUUUACAUAUGUGAACCGGUGCUGCACAAAUGAUACAUGCAACCAAGAUGACAUAACUCUAUCUCCGCCACCCGCAGAAGCCAACGGUGUUCAAUGUCUCUCCUACUAUACGGAGCCAGGCAUGCUGAAUAUCCCAACUCUCCUGAACUGCACAGGAAAUGAGACAAAGUGCGGUUUGGUUAUCGGCACAGCAGUGGGAAGCAGCAACCUCUUUCCCUUGGUGAUGGCCGGAAUGGGCUGUGCGACAGAAAGCGCCUGCAACCUGUCUGUGACUGUCUUUAACAACACAAACAUCCACACCUUCUGCUCGGAUGAGUUCAUUGUAUCUCCAACCAAACCAUCAGUUCCGGAUAGCACGGGCAGUGCGGGCAACAUGGGCUUUCAACCUACAGCCAUCUCAACAGUACCAAUUCUGAUUACUCUCCUCCUGCUGAAAGUCUUGUUUUGAUCUUCCAGGCUCAGGCAGUCCCAUAGUCCUCCACACACACUCGGAGGGCCUCCUUCAAUGUAGGAGAAUUAAAAGCUGGUGAUUGCUUGGCUUGAUUGUAUUUCAGCGUAAAAAACCUCAAUCCAUUUUCAGUUUUACUUAAUUUUAAAAAUUGUGUGCGUGCAUGCAUGUGUGUGUACGCGUGUGUACACGUG